GAAGAGCUAGAAGGAGUCAGGGUACUGCGCGCUGCGUUUCCGUGCGAGACAAAUUUCCUCGGCUACGAGCACACGGAGAUUCAGCGAAGAGAGACAGAGCGAAAAGAUAAAGGAAGACACGGCGGCGGAGGUGAGAGGAGAACACGGAGAACGCGGGGACACGCGGCGAGAGGAGAAACGCGCGAGGGAGUCGCCAGCGAGAACUGCCAAGGAGACACGGGAAAAGAAUUCAUCGAUAGCCCAACUCGCCGUGAGCUCUGAAGAAGAAAAUACCUCAGCAUCGGACUUGGAGACACAGCAGUACCCAGGAGAGAAGUGGAGAGCCAACGAGAGAGAGAGAGAGAGAGAGAGAGAGAGAGGGACGGGCCAAGGAGCAUCGUCAACUAGUCACUCAAGAUCCUCGAUAAAAGAAAAGGCAUCACCAUAGCGUCGAAAAGCGAGCCGAGCACCAUGUCGAAGCUCUACGUCGGCAAUUUGCCGUCGGAUUGUAACGAGAACGCACUCCGGCAGUUGUUCCAGGAUCACAAUCUGUCGUGCACGACGAUCCUGGUGAAGCGCGGCGGUUACGCGUUCGUCGACUGCAUCGACCAGUCCACGGCCGAUCGGGCCAUCGACAAGCUCAAUGGAUACAACUAUCUUGGAUCUACAUUAGUGGUCGAACCAUCCGUAGCCGGUGGAGCCAAAAAACGGGGUAGCGGCACCGCCCUACCAGAAUCCCCGGUCGACCAGGUCGGCAACGGAUGGAGCUCCGGGGCCAAGGUAUUGGUGAGCAACAUUUCAGCCCACACGAGUUUGGACGAGCUGGAAAUCCUCUUCAUCACCUACGGGCAGGUGCAGAACAUCGAGAAGGUGCCGUCGCGCGAUCCCAACACGCAAAGCGUCCUCGUCAGCUAUGAAACGCAAGAGCAAGCACAGCAGGCUGUGAACCACUUGAAUGGCUUCGAGUUCAUGGGCAAUCCGCUGAAAGUGGAAAUGUCGAGCACGGAAAGUCGACGAAGAGGGCGCAGCCAACGGGGUGGCGUUGCCUUUUCCGGACUUCCUGGUUCCGGUCGGCAGACCGACUUCCCCCUGCGCAUUCUCGUUCAAUCGGAUAUGGUCGGCGCCAUUAUCGGUCGUCAAGGCUCCACCAUUCGUCAGAUCACGCAGAUGACCAGGGCCAGGGUCGACGUCCACAGGAAGGACAACGUUGGCUCCUUGGAAAAGGCCAUCACCAUCUACGGGAACCCGGAGAACUGUACUAACGCGUGUAAGAAGAUUCUGGAGGUGAUGCAGCAGGAGGCCAACAACACGAACAAAGGCGAAAUCACCCUGAAGAUACUCGCCCACAACAAUCUGAUUGGCCGCAUAAUUGGCAAGGGUGGUAACACGAUCAAGAGAAUCAUGCAGGACACUGACACUAAGAUCACCGUCAGCAGCAUCAAUGAUAUCAAUAGCUUUAACCUGGAGCGCAUCAUCACGGUGAAGGGUACCAUCGAUAAUAUGAGCAAGGCCGAGUCAAUGAUCUCCAGCAAGCUACGUCAGAGCUAUGAGAAUGAUCUUCAGGCAAUGGCGCCCCAGAGUAUGAUGUUCCCUGGGCUUCAUCCUAUGGCGAUGAUGUCCACUGCUGGUAUGGGCUACAGUUCUCGAGGGCCAGGCCUGUACGGCUCUGGGCCGGCACCCUAUCCUUAUCAGAGUACCUUGCCAACCCAGCAAGGAGUGCCAGCCGGUGAUACCCAGGAGACGACCUUCUUGUACAUUCCGAACAACAGCGUGGGCGCCAUCAUCGGUACCAAGGGCUCUCACAUCAGGAACAUCAUCAGAUUCUCUGGCGCCAGCGUCAAGAUCGCUCCUCUAGAUCAGGACAAGCCGGCUGAUCAGCAGACCGAAAGGAAGGUCACCAUCAUCGGAUCACCGGAGUCACAGUGGAAGGCCCAGUACCUGAUCUUUGAGAAAAUGCGAGAGGAGGGCUUCGUCGCUGGUACAGAGGAUGUCAGGUUGACCAUCGAGAUCCUGGUUCCCAGUGCCCAGGUUGGUCGAAUCAUCGGGAAGGGUGGCCAGAAUGUAAGAGAGCUUCAACGUGUCACCGGAAGUGUUAUAAAACUCUCAGAACAACAAGCCAGCCCACCGCAGGCUGACGAGGAAACCACCGUCCACAUAAUCGGACCGUUCUUCUCCGUUCAGUCGGCGCAACGAAGAAUCCGUGCGAUGGUCCUGCAGUCCGGUGCACCAGGAAGUGGCACGGGUGGUCCAACCGGUACACGGGCAGGACGUGGGAGCAGCCAGGAAGGCGGUGCACGUUCACGACGAGACGGCAGCGCCACUUCUCAGCAAGGUGGCACCACCUCCCAGCAACACUCGUCCUCUCAGCAACAGUCCGGCUCGCCAUCCAGCCAGCAGCAACAACCCCAACAGCAACAGCAGCCCCAGCAGGGCCAACAGCCGCAGCAACAGCCACAGAAUCAGUAACGUUGAUGAAACUCACCUGACGCCAAGCAACGCCUCACAGAAUCCAUUUUAUUCGGCUGGGGUGGUCACGCCGCUUUGAAAUCCUACGUUCCAGUUCCUCGAGGAGGAUUAGGAUGAGGAGGCUGCUUCCUCCGUGAUACCUGGAAACUCUAGACGCACGAUUACCCUGCUCCGCUUUAACGAUUGUCGUCCUCAUGGAUAUUCCGUCCGAUCACGUAUAGCUGAAAGGCUGACAAGUUCUCAUAACCGACCUCAUUGCUCCACCCUCGUGGUAGGGAAUUUAAUGUUCGUACUGUGCUCGAGGUACGUACGGAUCGCAGGAGAUCAGGCGUCGUAGUUAAAAACGAAGGAGGGAGGUCGAGAAAGUUUUGUAAGGUCGGACGGAAAUGCGUGUAGACGAGACGCUGGAAAAUUAACUUGGAGUUUGCGACGGCAGAUGGCCCUCGAGUUUGGGAAAAGGGUGGAAACAUGGAAGACGAUGGAAGAUUUUUCUUUCAUUUCCAUUUUUAGAAGAAACAAAAGGGGUUGUGGUAUUCGAACGUUCGGGUUUUGAGGUAUCGUUAAAUAUAUAUUGAUUCCUCGAGGUUAAUCUCAUUAAGGUCGGCGGCACAUGGCUCACGGGAGGAUUGUGAAUUAAUCUAGCGGUAUUCUGAGAGAGAGAGAGAGUGUGUGUGAGAGAGAAAGAGAGAGAGAGAGAGAGAGUGUGUGAAAAUAAGAAAGAAUGAGAGAAUGAUAAAGAUUUCGAAGCGGUUAUGAAAUUCACCCCGCCGAUAGAAUUGGGAACGAUGAAACACACACACAACCUUAUUACCUCAUUCAUUACGAUUAAAGAUUUAAUAUGAUAAUAUGAAAAAGAAGUGAAAUGAAAAAUGAUAAACCAACUAAUCUAAAAAAAACCUACCUAAUAUUAAAGUUAUAAUAAUAUACAGAGAAGUUAAGUAACGAUUACAUUACCUUAUACCUGUUACUAUAUUACGAUAACUACCACUACUUCUAUUACUUCUACUAUCCACUUGCCGCUACUACUACCGCUACCAACACUACCACUACUACAAUAACUAUUAUUAUUAUUACUACUACUUACUAUCGACUACCGCUAUUAUUACACCGCUAUUACUAUGGAGGAUUGGGGAGAAUGCUCUUUCUCCCCUUUCCUCUCACUCUCUCUGUUUAUUAUUUUUUUUUUUUCCCUCUAAAUAAGAUAACUUUUUAAGCGAAUUCAUCCGAGACAUCCUUGAGACUAAUGUUGAGUAUGUGAAAAAAAAAAAUAAUUGUGAGGUUCUACCGUAAGAGACAUAGAUGAACUGGUGAUAUACGAUGAGAAAACCUCCGGCGGCAGCGCUGCCCCCUCGCACCGUAAUACCAAAGAAGCGAUUUUGAUUUUGUACGAGUGAAGUGAAAAUGCGUGUUAAAGAUAAUGAAAACAGGACGCGCUGCGUGAUUCGUUUCAAAGUUCCUUUGCAAGAGCCGGUGGGGGCGCGCUCUAUGCGACAGAAACACCAAAAACCAUUGAGAGUCACCGGAGACGAGCGAAAUGCGACUGUCGCUGGGGCUGCUACGGCCACUGGGACAGUGAGGACCGGAAACGGGGACAGAAGGAAAAGAAGCGGAAGGGACGGAUAAAUUGAGGAACGAAAGGAGCGAAGUAGCAGCCAAGCUGAGGUUGGAUAAGAUGCUGGACGAUUAAGAUCGGGAUGCAGGGAGAGCAAGAAUGUUAAGGGUGGAGGAUGCAAAGGAGGUAUUCUGACUUUGCCGUGGAACGCUGAUAAGGGGGUAUUGAAGAUUGCAGGGAGUUUAAUGGAAAAUUGAGGUGAAAGGAGGCGAAGGAAGAUUCAAGCGGCGUAGGGUGUUACGCAUGAAAGUUAUUAUGGAAGUAGCCAUGAUAGGUGGGAGUGAAUAGGGGAGGUAGAGGCAUCGAUGAUUUGUAUGAGGGAUGAAGGGAGAAGAACAAGAAGAAGGAGGAGAAGGUGACGAAGAGAAGAAGAUAGAAGAGGAGGGAAGAUGAAUGGAACCACAAAACGUUUUCAGGGAUUUUAUUUUACCAUGGAUGUAAUAGUGUGUGAGUGUGCGUGUGUUGAAUAAUACUAUUAAUUGAUAAGUAAUGAAUUACCGAUUAAGAUGGUAAAGAUGCAAGACAGGUAUUUAGAUUUAUCAUGAUGGAGGAUCGCAGUAGACUAGGAUUUCGAAAUCUUCCGUGAAUCGCGUGUCUGUAUAUAUAAUGUAUAUACACAUAUAUUUAUAACAUAUGUAUAUACGCGCGACGUAUAUAUAUAUAUUUAUAAUAUAUGAAUGCACGCAGAACACGUAAUGCGUCUAUGCGUCUCGUAUUAGGGUGCUCGACGUAAGGGAUGUAGAGUGAGAAAGACGCGUGCGCGCGUAUACGCAUUGAAUACGGAAUUAAAAAAAAAGAAGAGAACGAAGAAAUGAAAUUCCGUGACAAAAUUCACGAUUCGCCAGAUCUGAGGAAGGUGCGGGGCUUAUGCUAGAUAUAUAUCUAUAUAUAUAUAUGUACCGACUGUGAAUUCUGUAAUUUUAUAAUUAUAGGAUUAUAGAAUGUAAUUGCACUCUGGAUAACGCGCCCGCGCUUUUUCGAAAGGUCUUCGCGUAGAAAAUUUGUCCAACGACAGUGGCGACUUUGCGAGGCGUCGGUCAGCCGGACUAUGGUUGGGUCGGUCGGGUUUUGUAAGAUUGAUUGAAUAACUGUACUUCCGGUAUCGCGGUACGUGCUGCUCGAUUGCUGAAGACACUUCCGCUUCCAUUUCAACCGUAUCGAGAAUUCUUGGAUUCUUCCACGACUCUGUCGAACUUCCCGAUCGACCGCACUAGGCAGUUCGCGAGUAGUGGCGCUGCUGUCGCUUCUCUCGUCUUUACAUCCAACAAGAAAGCGAAUUGGCGCCCUCGUCGUAUUACUGGCCGACGCUCGCGAAAGAAAAAAAAAGAAAUAAUUUGCUUGGAGCAUCGGGCAAAGACCGUUGAGAUUAUUUCUCGCUCGUUAUUCAUUUCUCUGGUAUCUCUUGAGACGCCCGGAGAGCGAGGGGAAAUAUUUGGAGAUAAUCAUGGGAAGCUCCGUUUCUCGACGCGGUCGUAAAACAUGACCAAAUAUCGGAUUGACGAAUAAUUAAUUGUCCCUUAAUUGCGCGAGCGAUUCCUGUUUCCGUGAUCGAACUGAUCGAUUGAAAUAUCAGAUUUUGAUUGGUUUGGAAUUCUAGGAAUGUCGCAUGAUCGAUCGGAAUUCGCGCGCUGCUCGAAGCAGGGGAUAUUUUAAACUUACCUCGCGAGUCAAUUGACUUGCUGUGCUGCCGUAGGUCACUUCCGGUUUCCGGGAUAACAAAAUGGCCGCGGUCAGCCUAUUAUUUCUCGGCAUUCAGUAUGCGUUUAGUACAAAGAUACAUGAGUUUAAGAAGUGAAGUUUAAGAAUUUGGACUGCGCGGAUUGGCUCGGGCCAUUUUAAAGUGGGGUAGGAAGGGAGUAUUCGCGCACGGUCGAAGGUCUGAGGGAUGGCAAAGCGAGUAGAAGGAAAAUUUGGCGGCUACGCGAAAGUUCGGCGAGAUACCAAAAUGGGAAGAUGGGGAAGGAAAAUUUCGAGGAUGAAUUUCAAGAUAAUCUUGAAAAUAUCAGAACGGAAAGGGGCACGAUAUCUCGCUGAUACUUUUCUUUUGUAGGGCUGACUUUUCUGGUAUUUUUUUGCUUUUUUUUUCCUCGAGCUAAGCUCACGAGCACGCGAGUGAGAAAGAUUGUCCUAUGAAAAUCGCGUAUUCGAAUACGAAGACGGUUUUUUUCUCUUUCGAGGAAAAUUACGAGUGACGAAGAUAAUGACAAUGAUCACGAUUAUGACGAUGGGGUGGGUGGGGAUUUAAAAAAAAAAAAAAAGCACGGUGAAGAAGGAAGUAAAUUUUAUCGAAAAGAGAGAUAUGAGAAUUAAUGAAAAAAAAAAGAAAAAAAAAUGAAGAGUAUAAGUUUAUUUUUGAUACAUUGUUGGGGAGAUCUAAGUAAAUCUUUCUUUUUCCUUUUUGUUAGAUGUUUUAAUAACUUAAUGAAUUUUAAAGAUAUUAAAGAGGGAAGGGUAACAAAAAAAAAGGAGUAAGAAGGCGCGAAGGACGAGAAGCGGGAGAGGUAGUGGAUGCGGAGGAAAUUUUUAAUAUAAAUAAAACGCGAAGUGAGGUAAUUUCGUGAAGAAAAUAAAAAACGUGGCACAUAGCUUUUUGCACUAUGUGGGAAUAAAGGAGAUUUUAGUCGGAUAAAUUGUAUAAUAUAUUUAAUAUAUUUCGAAGGGAUGGGCGAGGGACAAAUUUCAGGGGGUCACCGUCGGGCCGUUACGGGCUGAUCGGGCUCGCAGUUUUAUGUGACACGAUCAUCCCCUAAUUUCCCUGAAUGUGACUUCCGGUGCCCAUCCCAAUUAUUUAUCAAGCGUAAAUAUUUAAAAAGUGCCAAGGGACAAAUACAGCUCGCGAAGUCAUCGGACAAAAAACCCGUGUUGACAGCUCAAAUUGCACUUGCAACAACAACAACAACAACAACAACAACAACAACAGUAACAACUACAAAAAACAACAGCAGCAGCUCGCAACAAUUUACGCUACCAGACACUUGACACGCUCCUUUUUCCAAAAAAAAAAAAACAAAAAAAAAUUUAACGAAAAUCAACGUGUUUUCAAAACCGACUAAAGAACAUCGGAAACAACAAUUUUUCAAAUCCAUUCUUUUUUCUCAUUCGACCGAAUCGCGCGAUACUUUUUCGACACGACCGGAAAUAAAGAAAUAACGAAAAUUAAACAAAAAGUGAAGAGAGAAAAUAAAUCGAUCACCAUCCCUAUGGACUAAUUCGUAUCGAUGAAAAUGUAUUUUAAAAAUUCAGUCCGAAAGAACCAAGUAAGACAGAGAGAGAACCGACGCACUUCGGCGUCGUCUUGCCUUCCUUAUCAGAAGGAUCGCUCGUUCGUUCCUUUUCUUCCUUUUCUGUUAUCUUUAUUAUCAAAGUAGCUCACUUUUGUUAACAGUCCUCGAAACACCUUUUUUUUUUAUUUAUUUAAGUAUUAAAAAAAAAGUCAGAUAAAAAAGAUUAUCACCGACUCCCCGAAGACCACGUGGAGUCUGACGGAUGAUCAAUAUCGAUGACGAUCUACAGAUCCAUCCUGUAAAAAGUAUAACGUCAAAUUUCGUCCUUUACGUUCUCUUUGUUCUUAUCCUUAAUCUUUUUUUUUCUCGUUUUUAUAAACUCGGAGAGAUUCCCUUCGACCAUGUCAUUCUUAGUUCUUAAACUCAUUACGAAACAGCCCGAAAGCCCAGUAGGCAAAGAUUAAGGAAAAAGAAAAAUAAUGAUUUUUGCCAAAAGCUCCAGACGAGGCCAGUGUAAGAGAUAACGUAAACGCGAUUAAACAAUAAUGACAAUUAAUGGCGGAUCCACUUGUAACUUCCGGCCGCACGUAUAAAAUCCAACGGUAUAUGGGGAAAAAAAAAAACAUUUUUUCUUCGGCCGACUCACCCGACACUUACGGGACUUGCACGAUUAUCAAUGAGGAUACGAGUAAAACGCUAUAUUGAUGCUAUUAACGUUAAUCGAUGCUAUCGACGCUAUUCGAUGCCAUUGAUGCCAUUGAUGCUAUUGAACGAACAAACAAAAAAAUUGAGCAACACAAGGAGACGGUGUUACAGAAGGAUGAGAAGUAGAGAGAAAACAAAAAUUAAGGUCGAUCCACAGAAACACAGGCACAAACACUCGAGAGGAAUAUGUACAAAUCAAAAGAGAGAAAGAAAAAAAAAAAGAGAAAAAACAAAUGAAGAGCAUAGAAAUUAUUAAUAUAAUAACGUAAAAGAUUUUAAUGUUAUAAAUUAUACGGGGAGAAAAAAAGUUUGAGGGACAAGGAGGAUAGGGAGAGGAGACGUGUGAAGCAAAGUAAAAAAAAAAAAAAAAACAUAUGGUGAGGACGCCAA